GCGUCGCUGCCAGUCUGGUUGCUAAGGAAGUGAGAGCCGGUGGUCGGUCUGUCGGCCGGCAUCCGGCGCUGGGACAGAAGGACAGACUGACGGGCAGCCGGGGCCCCGGGGUCUGGGAGGGUUCUAAGUGGCAACCCUGCCUGGAGUUUGUUCUGAGUGCCAAUUUUCUUACAAAGACUCAGGAUGUCAAAACCCAAGAGCUCCGAGUCUGUGCGUGUGGUGGUGCGAUGCCGACCUAUGAACUCCAAGGAAUUGUCUGCCGGAUUUGAAAAGGUAGUUAACGUGGAUGUGAAACUCGGGCAGGUAUCCGUAAAAAUUAACAAAGGAUCUGCUAACGAGCUGCCUAAAACCUUCACCUUCGAUGCAGUGUACGACUCCAACUCCAAGCAGGUGGAAUUAUACGAUGAGACGUUCCGGCCUUUAGUAGAUUCGGUCCUUCUUGGUUUCAAUGGAACAAUCUUCGCCUAUGGGCAGACAGGUACAGGAAAGACAUUCACAAUGGAAGGGUUGCGUGGUGAUCCAGAAAAGAGAGGGGUCAUUCCCAACUCGUUUGAGCACAUAUUCACUCACAUUUCAAGAUCUCAGAACCAACAGUAUCUUGUGAGGGCCUCUUACCUGGAGAUCUAUCAGGAAGAAAUCCGAGAUCUACUCUCUAAGGAUCAAAGCAAGCGCUUGGAGCUUAAAGAAAGACCAGACACCGGUGUGUACGUCAAAGACCUUUCAUCCUUUGUCACGAAGAGCGUGAAGGAGAUAGAACAUGUCAUGAAUGUGGGCAACCAGAACCGUUCUGUUGGAGCCACCAACAUGAAUGAGCAUAGCUCACGCUCUCACGCCAUUUUCAUGAUCACCGUUGAGUGCAGUGAGCUUGGUUUAGAUGGUGAGAACCACAUCCGCGUGGGAAAGCUAAAUUUGGUGGAUUUGGCAGGAAGUGAACGGCAAGCAAAGACCGGAGCUCAGGGAGAAAGACUGAAAGAGGCCACAAAAAUUAACCUCUCCCUUUCUGCCUUGGGAAAUGUUAUCUCUGCCCUUGUUGAUGGGAGAAGCACGCACAUACCAUACAGGGAUUCCAAACUCACCAGACUACUACAAGAUUCUCUCGGAGGCAAUGCUAAGACUGUCAUGGUGGCUAAUAUAGGUCCAGCUUCCUACAACGUGGAAGAGACACUGACAACUUUGCGCUACUCUAACCGUGCCAAAAAUAUCAAGAACAAACCAAGAGUUAAUGAAGAUCCUAAAGAUGCUUUACUUCGGGAAUUUCAAGAAGAGAUUGCACGACUAAAGGCACAGCUGGAAAAAAGGGUGGUUGGUAAAAGGCGAAAGAGAGGGAAAAGAAGAGGAGAUCUUGGAGGGGAAGAUGAUGAAGAUGGAGACUCUUUUGAAGGUGAAGAAGAGGUGGAUGAUAAAGAUUACUUUCGGGAGCAACAGGAGCGCCUGGAGUCUGAGAAGAAGGCCAUUGUGGAAGAUCACAGUUUGGUGGCCGACGAGAAGUUAAAGUUAUUGAAAGAGAAGGAAAGAAAAAUGGAGGAUCUGAAAAAAGAGAGAGAAGCUAUGGAAAUGCUGAGCUCAAAAGUCAAGGCAAUGGAAAGCAAACUUCUUGUGGGAGGAAAGAACAUUGUAGACCACACAAACGAACAGCAGAAGAUUCUUGAGCAGAAACGUCAGGAAAUUGCAGAACAGAAACGACGCGAGAGGGAGAUGCAACAAGAAAUGGAGAAUCGAGACGAGGAAACCUUGGAGCUGAAAGAAACCUAUAGCUCGAAACAACAAGAGGUCGAUAUAAAGACAAAGAAACUAAAAAAGCUCUUUUCCAAGUUGCAAGCAGUGAAAGCGGAGAUCCACGAUAUUCAGGAGGAGCACAUUAAGGAACGACAAGAGCUGGAACAGACACAGAAUGAGCUCACUAGGGAACUAAAACUGAAGCAUCUAAUUAUUGAGAAUUUUCUACCUCUGGAGGAGAAAAACAAAAUGCUGAACAGGGGAUAUUUUGAUGAAGAGGAGGAUCAGUGGAAAUUUCACCCAAUCACCAGGCUGGAUAACCAGCAGAUGAUGAGACGUCCUGUCUCCGCAGUGGGCUAUAAGAGACCCUUGAGUCAGCAUGCUAAGAUGAGUAUGAUGAUGAAACCUGAUGCAAGGUACCGGGCAGAAAAUAUUUUACUACUGGAGCUGGAUAUGCCGAGCCGCACAACAAGGGAUUAUGAAGGCCCAGCAGUUGCUCCUAAAGUUCAGGCUGCUUUAGACGCUGCUUUACAGGACGAAGAAGAUAUCCAAGUGGAUGCGUCAUCAUUUGAGAGUACAGCCAGUAAAAGAACAAAAGCAAGACCUAAAACUGGCAGACGGUCUGCUUCUGCUGCAAGCUCUGCUGGAUCUUCGCUUUUCCCUCAGUCCAGGGGCCUGGUUCCCAAAUAAUCACAGGAAGUAUCUCCCUGCUUGGACUCCAUAUUGUUUGAAAACAUACAUUGUAAAAUAAACUGCACAUAGCAGAGGAGAAAGAAGUCCUGUUCAUCAGGUCAGAACACAAGCCAUGGAGAUGGAGUUCUGUCCCGCAUGAAGGACAAUGCUACACAGGGGUCUAAAGAAAAUGUGCACUCAGCCUAUACUGUGACAUUAAUAGCUUUGUAUAACAGUGUGGAUGGAUUUCCAUACUCACUAAUGUGGAAAUAGGUAAGAAAGAGCUUUUAAAAUAACACGGUUAGCAAGUAGUUUAAACAAAAGAGCGGAAACUCGCACCUUGUCAUGAGCCUCUGGCCGUGUGUAUGGACAUACAUGUCCAGAACAAUACAGGGUGUGGACAAAACAAUGGAAACCCCCUACAUAUGGGAUAGGAUCACAGAAGAACGUUAUUCCUUAUUGCUCUACUCUCAUACACUGAGUGUUAUGUAGUUGGAUUUUGCAGCAAUCUGCAUGAAGAAAAGCGUCCAUGUUUUACAUGUCGAAGGAAGUUGACAUCUACUGCAUCCUCUGAGUAACAGAAUUCCCUGUAACGGUUCAUCAAUGCUUAGAUCUGACAAUUUGGGAAACUGAGGAAAGUGUUUGGGCUCAUUCUUAGCAGUAUUCAUGAAAGCACUCCUGAGUUUAUUUAGCAUGCAUUUCUUAAGCUUUGUUUAUGGGGUCAUAUCAUUCUGGGAUAUAAGCACAUUGUAAUGGAACAGUUAUUGCACCAUAGAGUAUGUGUUUUCCGUUCUUUAACCAUGCAGAACAAUCAUCGGACCUGGUGUUAUAGGUUAAAGUUAUCUUUUGACCGUCUGCAGACACUGGUCUGGAUGUUGAAAUUAUGAUGGAAAUGCCCUAUCAGACCAUAUUAUUUUUCCCAUUGCGCUGGGGUACACAUUUUAAUAUCUCCACACUAAGUUAUGAGUGUUUGUGAGUGGAACCUUUGGUGUCCAAAUGACAGUGAUGCCAUAAUCGCCACCUUUGGGGAAAAAAAGCUGCAUACUGUUUUUGAUGAGAGUGAGUCAGAGAGGUGCUUUUUCAAUUCUUGGAUAUUUUUUGAGACUACACUUUGAUGUCAUUUGGCAGCUAUCCUGUGAGAUGUCAUUAGUGAGAAUUGACCAUGGCUCCUAUUUAAAGAAGCAGUUCAUCCACACGUGGCCUAUUCUGCAGUCAUUUUUGAGACCAUUCCUCACGCUUUUUUAUUGCCUCGAUGAACCUUGCAUAUCAUUGUCAGACUCCUUUUUAUUGUUGACACAUACUCCUAAUUGCCAAUCAGCUUAAUCAAACUAAUCCUCGUAGCUGCAUCCCUACAGUCAAACUCCUUUUUUCUUGUGGUGUUUCCAUUAUUUUGUCCACCCGCUGUGAGUUAAUUCCCUGUCGAGUUGCCAGAUCCACCAUGUUUUGAGACCAUAUCACUUCUGCAUGCUGGUGGGCUGCACCUAAAGAGUGAUGCCCUGUAGUAGGUAGUAUUCAGUUGCUGCAUGAAUGAAGUAAAUUCAUUAAUCCAAGAGGACUCCUGAAGAAAUUGCUUUGAUUGGUCAGUUGAUUUCCCUUCUGCAGCAUAUGAAUGUACAUACUUCUGGCCAGCACUUUUCAUGGACUUCCCGCAGGUAGUUUUUUCACGUCCAACAAAAGAAGAUGAAUGUGGCAAUUCUGAUUCCCUGCACUCUGCACUGAUCACUCUUUAAUCUGUUUUAUGGUGUUUGUAAUUUUACAUAGCUGUACAUUAAUGUGUUUUUUUUGUUUUUGUUUUGUUUUGUUUUAACGUGUUAUUAGUAAAUGUGUUUUAUUGCUUAAAAUUUCCUGAUGUUUGAAUGUGACCAUCACAGUCACAUCACAGCUAAGCCUGGAUUCACUCUGAAGUCCUCUCGAGUUUACAUAACGUUUUCAGUAAAACUUCAAGCAAUAUUGGUUGCUUUGCCACCCAGUAUCAUUAUCCAGCUGCUGCACGCUACGUAGUGGAGGUUAACUCUGAGCUAUCAUGACUGCAGUAAGUCACCUGGUGAACAUUUAUCAUUAAAGACGAACUGUUACAUUUAUAUUUUUCCCUCAACGUUAAAGGAGACCUGUCACUUCCCAGGACGUUCUGUGGUUUGUUUUCCCAAUAUAUUUAUUACAUUUCCCUCUUUGCUCCCUGCCAAUCAUUGUUAUAGGUUCUGCCCUUGGCACCUGGCAGUCAGAAUAGAGAGCAAAAAAAGUCAGAAUAACAAUGCUUGUAUUUCUCCCCAGUACAGUGAGUGCCCUGGGUGUGCUAGAACUGAACCGGAUUAUGAUUGUAAAUUGCUCAUCUAUAAUUACAUAUUUAAAAGAAAACCGUAUCAAAUGAGAAUUAACACCGGUUCUAGGCAACGUACAGUGUUUUAUUCAACUGUGAAAUUCCCAGGGAAGUGACUGUCCCCCUUUAAAGAUUUUACUUUUAAAACUUUUCAACCACCCCAUCCCUCAUAUAUCUGAAUAGUAUGUCUGCAAAGAUAGACAUGCAUUAAAUCAUUUCAAAAAACUAGAUAAAGAAGAGUAAGUGAAGAAUGAUAUUUGAAAGUGUAUUCAUCUCAGUAAGCUGUAGUGUUGCAUAACCCUUUGUCAUAUAGCAAGCAGAAGGUGUAUAAAAAUAUCAUACCUCGGCCUUCAGCACAGAUAAUGCCUUCUUUUUCAUCCUUAAUUUUCACAUUUUCCUGUUGUUUAUGCCAGUCAUAAUUAUAUUUCCCACGAUUCCUGCAAGUUGUUCCAACUUAAGCAAGAUGUUUGUGGAGGAAAUGAAUUGGGAAUCAUGGGAAAUAGGCUACUUUGCAUGAAAUGCCCUGUCUGUGACUUUUCAGAUAAAGCAGCUGCAGCAUCACAGUAAAAUUAUAACCAUAUAUGUACAUAUAUAAACAGAACAUUUUAAAUAUCUAUAAAAUGAAAUGAGUUUAAUAGCUAGCUUUAUUUGCUGGGUGGAAAAUCUUCUAAAUGUGACAGGUUUCAGUUGUAAAUUAGAGAGUUCUUUAGGUAAAUAGAACGGGGAUUGUCUUCCUUGUUCAUGUGGGUUAGAGUUUACACACCCGAUGGUUUUGGCUGCACGUCGUCCUUAAAUGUGAGCGCAGAUGGACUGUGUUUGAAUGUUAUAGCACGCUCUUGAAGCAGUCUGAUAUAUAAAGUACACUCUGAUUUGACCCCACCUAUUACGUCCGUGAUGACUGACCUUUGCCAUAUGGCUGGCCAAGCAGAAAAAACAACACCGUGCGCCAAGAUCUGAAUUGCAAAAUGUUAGUCAUUACUGCCAUGACACCAUGUUCCAUGCACUUUGUGCCCUACUGUAUAGUCCGCCAUGACAUGAACUGCAAAAGAGACUUUGGCAUUGGUCAACUCCUUUUGCUGAGAAGCCAUAACCGUUGUGCAUUUUUUACAUUCAAACCAAGCAGUUUAAUGGUUACGACUUACCCAGGGACGUGAAACAGAGAUGUACCUAUUUAUUUGUACUUUUGUCUACCAUUGAAUGUAAAUCAGAAUAAUAAAUUCUCCUUCCUGAA